AUGCUAGCAUUGUCCUUGCAAGAGACGGUAACGGCUCUACUGCUCCUUUUUCUCACAACAUACAUCAUCUACAGCUUGAUUCCGUCAGCGCGCGAUGCUCAUCCUUUGGUUGUUCUUCAGCAGUCCAAUCUCGGCUCAAUUCGUCAACCGGGGGAAUCGGGGGUGUAUAGAUCGCAUUUCUGUCCCCAUGGACUUCCUCUGUUGAGAGGCCUUCAAAUUCAGGCCGAUAACUACAGACUGCGCAACGGAAACAUGGGCGAUCUGCUGGAAUUGGCCUCCGAUACCGUGAGCUACCAAAACGUGCGUAAGCUGGGCUCGUUCCUCAAGCCCAACGUGACCAUCAUCUGGGAUAAAAACAGACCCGAAUUCGUGGAGAUUCUGUUUGCUUGUGCUCUCUACAACCUCUCUGUGGUGGUCAUCAGCGAUGAGUACACUGGAGAGGCCCUUAAGGAGGCAAUAAAGGUAUCCAACCCUGGCAUCUUGGUCAAAAAUGGCGAGUUUGGAGUCCUUCUCAACGAUACCAGUUACGAGACAGUCAAGAACACUUACUCCGAGGAGGAGUUUCCUGCACUGGACGAAUCAUACGGAUUCCUGGGCUUCCCUGUGUCAGACAUUCACAGAAAGAUAGCCAUCAAGUAUUACAAUCACGCCAAUAUCGUCGCAGCAAUUGUCGGACAACUGAAGGGAUUCCCAGCAACCCAUGAAGUGACACAAAAAGAUACAGUCUACUUUGCAGACGCAUCUAUUGGAAAACCAUUCCCUCUCGUCCUGUACCUGGCAACUCUGGCUAUCGGGGCAGGUGUGGUUACCGAGUUGGAUCAGGCUACAAUUGUUGUCACUACUCAGGACAGAGUGUCGCGACUCCUGAGCACAAAGCUGUCUUUAUGGCAACGGUUCAAGCUUUCUCGUGCAGAAUCUUCUCUUGCAAAUGGAUGUCUGAACAGAAGCGGUGUUUUGACUGAGUAUUCCAAAUGCAGAAUGCUGUUCUUUGCUGCCCAGGAGCCUGCUCUGACUUCUGUGCAGGUAGGCAAGAUUCGGGCCCUGACAGGAUCUCACAUAGUCUACUCUCUCAUGUCGCGUGAGUGUCUCUCUCCCGUUGCUCAGACCAACAUCUACGACUACCGACUGAUCAAUGGGGUUGUUUUUGGACCCCCUCCCCCCUGCUUGGAAGGCAAGGUGCAAAGUGAGAGCGACGACAAGGUGACCAAGGGACAAUUGGUUAUUCAGAGUCCGGCUGCCGACAAAGGUUGGCUUGAGACCGAGUAUUUUGGUGAAUGGGGAGCUGAUGGCGCUUGGAGGUUGAAGUCGUAUAGUACAUAG